AUGCGCCCGUCUCUAUGUCCCUUCUGCGAGGCUGCUGCCUCGAUGGCGCGGCCAGUCUUUGCUAUGCGCUCCACGCGCCACAUGGCUACUAUGCAAAAACCUCGACCAAAUCGAAUGGAUCUGUCGCCCAAGGUCGCCCUCCCAGAUGCCAAACCUCCGAGAAGACGUACGAAUAGCCCUUUCGGUGGCAUGAACGUCACACAUGCAGACUUUCGCAAUGCGCCUCGUCAACGUCCAUCGACGGCCGAACAAAAGAGGGCCACGCGAAAUGCUCCAGAAAAGUACAAGCCAAAGGAUGAGAAGGACAAGGACUCGUUCAAAGCCUUGAAGAUGCAGCGCGCUCUCAGUCAAGUAUCCUACAGUCAUCGUUCUGCCGUCAAGCAAAGCAUAGCCGAUACCGAAUCUUUCAACGAGUUUGGUCUAUUACCUACCGUCCACCAAUCCAUUUCAACUCAGGUACUGAAUGGUUUGGAUGAUACUUCCCCUACCCCAAUUCAACGUCUUGCGAUUCCUGCUUUGCUCGGGACCAAUGGCAAGAGAUCCAAAGAUGCUCAGUCGAUGCAGCAGUACCUACUGGCUGCAGAGACUGGAUCUGGCAAAACUCUGGCCUACCUCCUACCAGUCAUCGAUGCUCUGAAGCGCGCCGAGAUUACUCAGGCCGAACAAGAUGCUCAGGUGGAGAAGGAGGCAGCUGCGCGCAAGAACAUGUUUGAACUCGAAUCACCACCGCUAUCAAACGAGCCUCAUCCAACUACCGGCCGCCCACGUGCCAUCAUCUUGGUUCCUACCGCAGAGCUAGUGCAGCAAGUCGGUGCCCUGGCCAAGUCCUUAUCCCACACGACCAAGUUCCGUGCAGCUCUCAUCUCUGCCAACUUUACCGGUACCGUUAUUCGCAAUCGUCUGUUCUCACCUUCAGGCGUCGAUCUCCUCGUUUCAACCCCACACCUGCUCGCGAGCAUUAGUGAGAACGAUCCCAACGUGCUCUCGCGAGUCACACAUCUGGUCAUCGAUGAGGCCGAUUCACUUCUUGACCGCUCCUUUGCACCCAUCACUGGCAGCAUCCUCGAUCGUGCUACUCCAAGCUUGAAGCAGCUAGUGCUCUGUUCCGCCACCAUUCCUCGUAGUCUGGAUUCCUACCUCCGCAAGCGUUUUCCGGAUAUUCGUCGUCUUGCCACUCCGAAUCUGCACGCCAUUCCUCGUCGUGUCCAGCUCAGCGUCGUAGAUGUCGAAAAGGACCCGUACAAGGGUAACAGAGACCUCGCUUGCGCAGACACCGUCUGGAAUCUCGGUCGUGAAGCAGGUGAAGAUACCGUCAAGAGGGUGAUCGUCUUUGUGAACGAGCGUGAAAAGUGCUCCGAGCUGUCGCUGUAUCUCCAGAGCAAAGGUGUCGAUGCCAUGGCGCUCAGCCGUGACUCUGACGAACGCAAGCAGGCACAGGUCCUCGCCGAAUUCACUGGCGCGAUUGUUGAUUCGAAAUCCAGCCAAACCAGACCAUCAGCGCCUCGUGCUCUACCUGGCAAGAGACAAUUGAGCAACACAAAGGUGCUCGUCAUGACUGAUCUCGGCUCUCGUGGUAUCGACACCUUGAUGGUACGCAACGUCAUCUUGUACAAUGUACCCCACACCAGUAUCGACUUUAUUCAUCGCCUUGGACGUGUCGGUCGCAUGGGUAGACGCGGCCGUGGUAUUGUCCUCGUAGGUAAAGGAGACCGCAGAGACAUUGUCAAGGAGGUCCGCGAUGGAAUGUUCAAGGGUGCCGCGCUCAUAUAG